GCCGCUGCGGGAAGGGAUGAAGCGCGGUGCCCGGCCUACCCUGGGGUCUGCCCGCGUCCUCACUCUGGGCUGCGUGUGGAUUUCCGUGGCUCAGGGCACAGUUUUAAACAGCUGCCUAAAGUCAUGUGUAACUAACCUGGGCAGACCUCUGGACGGUGACUCGCCGUACAAUCUGAGCGAACCGUGCAUCCAAGGAUGUCAUUUUUGGAACUCUGUAGAUCAGGAAAACUGUGCUUUAAAGUGUAAUGAUACCUAUGCCACAGUUUGUGAGCGAGAGUCGUGUGAGGUCGGCUGCAGCAGUUCUGAAGGUGCAUAUGAAGAGGAAGUCCUAGAAAAUGCAGACCUCCCCACUGCACCCUUUGCUUCCUCCAUUGGAAACCAAAGUGUGACAUUACGAUGGAAAGCGGCCAACAUCUCUGGAAUAAAAUACAUCAUCCAGUGGAAAUAUGCACAACUUCUGGGGAGCUGGACUUACACGGAGGCCGUGUCCAAGCCAUCAUAUGUGGUAGAGCCCCUGCAUCCCUUCACUGAAUAUGUUUUUCGAGUGGUUUGGAUCUUCACGGCCCAGCUGCAGCUGUAUUCUCCCUCAAGUCCCAGUUACAGGACCCAUCCUUAUGGAGUUCCUGAAACUGCUCCUUUCAUUAGAAAUAUUGAGAGCUCAAGUCCUGACACCGUGGAAGUGAGUUGGGAUCCACCCCAGUUCCCAGGCGGGCCUAUUUUGGGUUAUAACUUAAGGCUGAUCAGCAAAAACCAAAAAUUAGAUUCAGGAACACAGAGAACCAGUUUCCAGUUUUACUCAACUCUACCAAAUACCACCUACAGGUUUUCUAUUGCAGCAGUAAAUGAAGUUGGUGAGGGGCCAGAAGCAGAAUCUAGUAUUACCACUUCAUCCCCAGCAGUUCAAGAAGAGGAACAGUGGCUCUUUUUAUCCAGAAAAUCUUCUCUAAGAAAGAGAUCUUUAAAACAUUUAGUAGAUGAAGCACAGUGCCUCCAGUCAGAUGCUACACACCCUAAUAUUACAGGAAUAUCAGUUAAUGUCCACCAGCAAGCUGUUUAUUUCUCUGGAGGAUCUCUCAUAUGGGCAAAGGAGGCUUCCAACAUGUCUGAUGUGUCUGACCUGAGAGUUUUUUACAGAGGUUCAGGAUUAAUUUCUUCCAUCUCCAUAGACUGGCUUUAUCAGAGAAUGUAUUUCAUCAUGGAUGAGCAGGCUUAUGUCUGUGACUUAGAAAACUGCUCAAACAUUGAGGAAAUCACUCCUCCCUCAAUUACUGCACCUCAAAAAAUUGUGGCUGAUUCAUACAAUGGGUAUGUCUUCUAUCUCCUGCGAGAUGGCAUUUAUAGAGCAGAUCUCCUGGUGCCGUCGGGUCGGGGCUCGGAGGCCGUGCGUAUCGUGGAGAGUCGCUCACUAAAGGACUUUGCAAUAAAGCCACAGUCCAAGCGAAUCGUUUACUUCAACGACACCACCCGAGUCUUCAUGUCAACAUUUCUGGAUGGCUCUGCUUCCCACCUGGUCCUGCCUCAUGUGCCCUUUGCCGACGUGAGGAGCUUUGCCUGUGAAAACGAUGACUUCCUUGUCACGGAUGGCAAGGCGGUUUUCCAGCAGGACGCUCUGUCUUUCAAUGAGUUCAUCGUGGGAUGCGACCUGACACACAUAGAAGAGUUUGGCUUUGGGAACUUGGUCAUCCUUAGCACGUACACCCAGCCGUACCCCCUGCCGGCCCGCCCGCAGCAGCUCUCGGUGCUGUUUGGCUCCCACCAGGCCCUGGCUCAGUGGAGGCCGCCGGCCCUCGCCAUCGGAGCCAGCCCUUCCGCCUGGCAGAACUGGAUUUACGAAGUGAAAAUAUCAACCCAGGACUUCCCUGAAACCACACGUGUAUUCUCUAACAUAAGUGGGACGGUGCUUAAUGUCCCCGAGCUGCAGAGUGCUACAAAAUACGAGGUUUCUGUGAGAGCAAGUUCUCCCAAGGGGCCAGGCCCUUGGUCAGAGCCCUCGGUGGGUACUACCCUGGUGCCAGCUACAGAACCACCGUUUAUCAUGGCUGUCAAAGAAGAUGGGCUUUGGAGUAAACCAUUAAAUAGCUUUGGCCCAGGAGAAUUCUUGUCCUCUGAUAUAAGAAAUGUGUCAGACAUGGAUUGGUAUAACAACAGCCUCUACUACAGUGACAUGAAAGGGGACGUUUAUGUGUCGCUGCUGAAUGGGACGGACAUCUCAGAGAAUUAUCACAUAUCCAACAUCGUGGGAGCAGGGGCCUUAGCUUAUGAGUGGCUGGGUCACUUUCUCUACUGGGCUGGAAAGACAUACGUGAUACAAAGGCAGUCUGUGUUGACAGGACACACAGACAUAGUGACGCAUGUGAAGCUGCUGGUCAAUGACAUGGCGGUGGAUUCGGUUGGUGGAUAUCUCUACUGGACCACACUGUACUCAGUUGAAAGCACCAGGCUGAAUGGAGAAAGUUCCCUUAUACUGCAGGCACAGCCCUGGUUUUCUGGGAAAAAGGUAAUCGCUCUAACCUUAGACCUCGGCGAUGGGCUCCUGUAUUGGUUGGUUCAAGACAGUCAGUGCAUUCACCUGUACACAGCCGUUCUCCGCGCGCAGGGUGCUGGGGAGACGACCAUCACAGAGUUUGCGGCCUGGAGCACCUCAGAAAUCUCCCAGAGUGCCCUGACCUACUACAGUGGCCGGCUCUUCUGGAUCAAUGGCUUUAAGAUUAUAACUGCUCAAGAAAUUGGUCAGCGAACUAGUGUCUCUGUUUUGGAACCGGCCAAAUUUAAUCAGUUCACGAUUAUUCAGACAUCCCUCAAACCUCUGCCAGGGAACUUCUCCUUUACCCCCAAGGUGAUCCCAGAUUCCGUUCAAGAGUCUUCAUUUAGGAUGGAAGGAAAUGCUUCAAGUUUUCGAGUCCUGUGGAAUGCUGUCCCGGCAGUAGAUUGGGGUGUCAUUUUCUACAGUGUGGAGUUCAGCGCUCCUUCUAAGUUCCUGGCUAGUGAACAACAGCCUUUGCCUGUAUUUACUGUGGAAGGUCUGGAGCCUUAUGCCUUGUUUAAUCUCUCUGUCACUCCUUACACCUACUGGGGAAAGGGCCCCAAAACAUCUCUGUCACUUCGAGCACCUGAAACAGUUCCGUCGGCACCAGAGAAUCCCAGGAUAUUUAUAUUAUCAAGUGGAAAAUACCACAAUAAGAAUGAAGUUGUGGUGGAAUUUAGGUGGAAUAAGCCUAAGUGUGAAAAUGGUGUCUUAACAAGAUCUGAAAUUUUCUAUCAAAUAUCCAACCAAAGUGACACCAACAAAACAUCUGAAGACUGGGUUGCUGUCAAUGUCACUCCCUCGGUGAUGUCUUUUCAACUUGAGGGCGUGAGUCCCGGGCACAUCGUUGCCUUCCAGGUUCGAGUCUUCACAUCCAAAGGACCUGGCCCGUUUUCUGACUUGGUAAAGACCCAAACAUCAGAAAUCAACCCAUUUCCAUACCUCAUAACUCUUUUUGGCAACAAGAUAGUUUUGUUAGAUAUGGAUCGAAAUAAAGUUGUAUGGAUGUUUUCGGCAGAAAGAGACGUCAGCGCCAUGGGAUACACAGCUGACAACGCAAGGGGGUACUAUGCCCAGGGAGGCGCGCUCUUCCUUCUGAACAUGCACAGUCAGUCCAGCUCUGAGAUUUUCCGAGAUGCACUGGUUUCUGAUAUCACAAUUAUUGCAAUUGACUGGAUUUCAAGGCACCUCUACUUUGUGCUGAAAGAAUCACAGAAUGGAAUGCAAAUAUUUGAUGUCGAUCUUGAGCACAAGGUGAAAUAUCCCAGAAAGCUGAAAAUUUGCAACAGAAAUGCAACAAUUGUCUCUUUUUUCGUGUAUCCCCUUUUAAGUCGCCUGUAUUGGACAGAAGUUUCUGAGUUGGGCACUCAGAUGUUCUACUACAGUAUCAUCAACAAGACCCUGCACGGCAUUCUGCAGCCCACGGCCACAAACCAUCCAAAUGGAAGGAGCCGCUGUUCUUGCAAUGUCACUGAAUUCGAGUUAAGUGGAGCAAUGACUAUUGAUACCUCUCACAUAAAGAAACCACAGAUAUACUUUGUCAAAAGGCAAGAGAUCUGGGCCAUGGAUCUGGAAGGAUGCCAGUGUUGGCAGGUUAUCAUAAUGCCUGCUCUGCUUGCAGGAAAAACACUUGUUAGCUUAACUGUGGAUGGGGAAUAUCUGUAUUGGAUCUCCGCAGCUACGGGCGGCACCCAGGUUUAUCAAGUAAAGAAAAGCCGCGGGGCCACCCCCUCCCGGGUGGAGGCCCCGAGGAGCCAGCGCGUCUUGGCUUACAGUUCGCUGCUGCAGCCUUUUCCAGAUAAAGCAUUUCUGUCUCUAGCUUCAGAUAUUGCAGAGCCAACUAUACUCAACACCACUAACACCAGCCUCACAAUCAGAUUACCACCUCCCAGGACAAACCUCACUUGGUAUGGCAUCACCAGCCCUACUCCAACAUACCUGGUUUAUUACAAAGAAGCUAAUGGUGGGAAAAACAGCUCUGAACCAAAAUAUAAAAUGCUGGAGUUUCAGGAGAGUAUAGCCCUUAUUGAAGGUUUGCAACCAUUUUCAACAUAUAUGAUAAGGAUAGCUAUAAAGAAUUACUAUUCAGAUCCUUUGGAACAGUUACCCCUGGGAAAAGAGAUUUGGGGGAAAACUAAAAGUGGAGUCCCAGAGGCUGUCUGGCUCAUUAACGCCACGGUGCAGUCGGACAGCAGCCUUGUCGUAUCCUGGAGAGAGUCUCCCGAGCCAAACGGGCCCGCGGCGGCGGUGCGCUAUCAGCUGGCCAUCUCGGGCCGGGGCCCGGCUCCCCCGGCGCCUCGCAGGCGCAGCGCCUACCCGGGCGGCCGCCUGGCGCUCCUUGUCACUGGGCUGGCCGGCGGCAAGCUGUACGUGCUGAAGGUCCUGGCCUGCCACGCCGAGGAAAUGUGGUGUGCUGAGAGUCACCCCGUCACUGUGGAAACGUUUGACACGCCAGAGAAACCUUAUGCCUUGGCUCCAGGCAACACUAGUUUGCAGUUAGGUUGGGAGGCCCCAUCUAAUGUGAACCUCAUCAGAUUUUGGUUUGAACUCCAGAAGGGGCAGCACGGCGAGUUUCGCCGCGUGAGAGCCUCGUGCAGCCGAGGCCUGGCCCACGUGUGCAACAUCCCGGGCCUGCGGCCUUUCACUCCUUACGGCGUCCGAGCGGCGGUGGUCUACACGACGGGCGAGAACAGCACCUCGCCGUCCGAAAGCUUUAGGACGAAAGCUGGAGUCCCAAGUAAACCAGGCAUUCCAAAAUUAUUAGAAGGGAGUAAAAAUUCAAUACAGUGGGGAAAAGCUGACGAUAAUGGAGGCGGACUUAUGUGCUAUAUCCUUGAGAUGAGAAAAAGUACUUCAAAUGAUUCACUAAACCAGAACUUAAUGUGGAAGAUGGCAUUUAAUGGAUCCUGCGGUAGCAUUUGCACCUGGAAGUCCAAAAACCUGACAGGAACAUUUCAGUUCAGAGUAGUAGCUGUAAAUAGCCUGGGAUUUGGUGAAUACAGUGGAAUCAGCGAGACUAUUUUGUUAGCUGGAGAUGGUUUUUGGAUACCAGAAAUAAGCUUUAUACUUAUUGCUGUAAUUGGAAUAUUUCUGAUUGUUAUAAUCCCAUUGAUCUUUGUCUGGCAUAGAAGAUUAAAGAAUCAGAAAACUCCCAAGGAAGGGCUGGCAGUUCUCAUAAACGAAGACAAAGAGUUGGCUGAGCUGCGCGGCCUGACAGCUAUGGUGGGCCUGGCCAACGGCUGCUGUGCCAUACACACUCUUCCAACCCAAGAGGAGAUUGAAAGCCUUCCUGCCUUCCCUCGGGAAAAACUGACUCUGCGCGUCUUGUUGGGAAGUGGGGCCUUUGGAGAAGUGUAUGAAGGGACAGCAGUAGGCAUCUUAGGAGCUGGAAGUGGAGAAACCAAAGUAGCAGUGAAGACUUUAAAGAAGGGCUCCACGGACCAGGAGAAGAUCGAAUUCCUGAAGGAGGCAUAUCUGAUGAGCAAGUUUAAUCACCCCAACAUUCUGAAGCAGCUCGGAGUUUGUCUGCUGAAUGAGCCCCAAUACAUUAUCCUGGAAUUGAUGGAAGGAGGCGAUCUCCUCACCUAUUUGCGGAAAGCCCGGAUGACAACGUUUCAUGGUCCUUUACUCACCUUGGUUGACCUUGUAGACCUGUGUGUAGAUAUUUCAAAAGGCUGUGUCUACUUGGAGCAGCUGCACUUUAUUCACAGGGAUCUGGCAGCUCGGAAUUGCCUCGUGUCUGUGAAAGACUAUAGCAGUCCAUCACGGAUAGUGAAGAUUGGGGACUUUGGACUGGCGAGGGACAUCUAUAAAAAUGAUUACUACAGAAAGAGAGGAGAAGGACUGCUCCCUGUUCGGUGGAUGGCUCCGGAAAGUUUGAUGGAUGGAAUCUUCACAACACAGUCUGAUGUAUGGUCUUUUGGAAUUCUGAUUUGGGAGAUUUUAACUCUUGGCCAUCAGCCUUAUCCAGCUCAUUCUAACCUUGAUGUUUUAAACUAUGUGCAAACAGGAGGGAGACUGGAGCCACCAAGAAAUUGUCCCGAUGAUCUGUGGAAUUUAAUGACCCAGUGCUGGGCUCAAGAACCUGACCAAAGACUUACUUUCUGUAAAAUUCAAGACCAGCUUCAGUUAUUCAGAAAUUUUUCUGUAAAUAGUAUUUCUCAAUGCAGAGAAGAAGCAAGCCCCGGUGGAGUCAUAAAUGAAGGCUUUGAAGAUGAAGAUGGCAACGUGGUUUGUUUGAACUUAGAUGACAGUGUGCCAAUUGCUUUAAUGGAAACCAAGAACCAAGAAGGGUUAAACUAUAUGGUACUUGCUACAGAAUGCAGCCAAGGUGAAGAUAACUCUGAGGGUCCUCUAGCCUCCAAGGAAUCUGAAUCUUGUGGUCUGAGGAAAGAAGAGAAGGAACCACAUGCAGACAAAGGCAUCUGCCAAGAAAAACAAGUGGCUUACUGCCCUCCUGGCAAGCCUGAAGGCCUGAACUAUGCCUGUCUCACUCACAGUGGACAUGGAGCUGGGUCUGAUUAAUAACUCGGUUUGGGAAAUGCGGAAUUGAGAUUAAGUAAUUACUGAAAGGAAAUCCUAGUAGAAUGAUAGAUGCUGUGGUGGUCUCUGACUCUGAAUUAUCACUGGAAGUUUCCUGGAUUCUAAUCUUGGUUCUGAGAGCCACUUGGUUUUAGUUCUGACAAUCCAUUUACCAACUGUCUACACUUCAGCAAGAUUCGAAGGUGUACCACUGAGCACUUGGAAAGCUUAGGAAGACUCAUGAGUCUGGAAGGGAAUCUGCUCCCUCUUACCCUUGGGGUCACUUAGACCAUUGCCCACCCUUCAGUCUUGACUAUAACAGAAACAUCUUGGUCAGAUGGUUAGAGACAAAGUACGUACUUUCAAAGACUUGAAGGAGGGGACUGAGAAGCAUGCUCAGGUGCCCAAAUGAACUACAGAUUAUCCCAAAUAAAUAAACAACUCUACACAUCCCAAAGGAACCUGCACCUAUGACAUAAGAAAUCAUUUGAAAAGUUACUGCUAUAAUAAAAUACUGUCUUUGAUGACUAUCCUAAAAUAUUUUAAUAUUGGAGGUUUUGAAAUAAUAAAAAUAGGACCAUGAAGAUGUCUAAAUCCUAAAGCUUAGCAUUGGGUUGUAUAAAAAUUGCUCUGUGACUUCUGUGCUGUCAUGGAUAUUAGCUAAUAUAAAGACAGUUUUUAUUUGCCAUAUCUAUUUUAUAUAUACAGUACUUAAGGUUAUAUUUAGUAUCAAAUUGUCCUUAAAAUUAAAUAUAAAUGAUAACACAAUGCUAA